AUGCCUGAAAUGAAUGCGACAGUUUUAUGCGAGGAAUCUGAAGAAUAUCGCAUGUACUUGCCCCUCAGAGCCAGUGAAGCCGUUUGUUUACUUUUGGCCGUUCCGGCGUUUGUCCUGCUAGUGUACACGGCUGCGUCAAGAAAGGAACGGGUAGUGACGUCAUCAUUGCAUUUCAAUUUUAAAGUAAGCUGAUCAAUGUUUACAAUGCCAUCAAAUUAGUCAUAAUUUUUUUUGAUAGGAUAUCUGUCUGUCGGGAAAAUAUUGAGCACAAUUUCGCUCAUCCAAUCGUGUCGCUGAAGUGAAAAGCAACUUGAUUUUUGCAGCGACAAUAUUCAUUUUCCCAUGCGGCUUUCGUUUGCUCAUUAUUUUCCCGACGGACUGAUUUCUUUCUUUUGCGCUCUUUAGUUGCUCCUCUACAACAUCUGGCUGAUUGUCGCAUACCAAGUGUUGUUUGUUAUAUUCUCUUGCUGUUACAUGCUCGUCCACUCCACCUUCUGGUCGUAUCGUUGUUCCAAUCUAUUCACGGUGUGGCAAUGCUUUUUAAUUCGUGGUCCCGUCCUCUGGGCCAUUCCCGCGAUGACUCUGGCGCAUGCCGCUGCGCUGCUGGAGAGGACGUUGGCCACACGAUACUCCGGCGACUACGAAAAGCGCGGAAAGAGUGUAGGGAUCACGACGAUGAUUGCAAUGGUAAGAACAAGGUUCAAACUUAUUGUAUGUAAAUUGUUGAUAUGGAAGCGAAAUUUUUAGUGGGUUGUCGGCGCAGUCAUCGAUUACAAUAUCUUUGCUGUGGACAAUAUGUUUGGCAAGUUGGCGUACUGUGACGCGACCGUUUCCGAGAACCAAGAACGCGUCAAGAAAAUGCUGACUUGCCUGCUUCCAAUCGAGCUUCUCAUCACAGCUGGCGACAUUGGCCUGUGGUGGAUCAAUCGCCGCGACCAAAAACAAACGUAAGCCCUGCUCGAAUUAGGAUAUAUUGUGAUUUAGGAUUUGCUAUACGGAUUAUACGUUGUCAAAGUCGUUUCAACAGUCGGAAAAUUACCUGACCAGUCGAUUGGUGCUGCCAAUUUCUCUAGUCCACUCUUCCUUCUACAUGUUUUACUUGGCGGUGACUUCUUCCUUUCGAUCGUCGUUUGGCUACGACAGCGAUCCGAAGGCUUUUAUGGUCGGACUCAGUUUGGUGAACGGGGUAGGAAAACUGUUUCAAAGAGGCGUAAUCUCCGAGCAUGCCAAGUUUACACGAUCCGUAAAAGGAUCUUGUUUUUUUUACUAUGUAGUACUGGCCCUUCCGGAAAGUCGGUGGACAGAAAUCGGCGACACGCACUGCAAAGGCAAAAGUUUUCUUCGCGCUUCGCAAUUUUUUGCUUUUUGCAGCGUGCAAUAGGCGUCUUUCGGCUCUCGCCCGCGCCCUCAACUUUGACGCCAAAAAUCAGUCCAGCGGAUUUCUGGAAGAACUACAGUGGGGAACCUAAUCCAGUGGCAAAAAACGUGCCAUUUUGCAUCCAGAAAGUAUCAAAAAGUGUGGCAAAAUAGCUCCCUCUUGAAGUGAAAAAACUCAUUGUCAGAUUUCAAAACCGCGUCUACUCUUUUUGUGAGGAAAGUGGGCGCGCCCUUCAAAACGAAGUUUUUUCACUUAUCGAGGGAGACAUUUUGCCACAUUUUUGAUAAUUUCCUGAUGCAAAAAUGGUAAGUUUUUUGCCACUGGAUCAGGUUCCCACUGCAGUUCAGGAUUAUUUCUAGCAUAUUGGAAAGAUUUCCUCUUCAGGCACUCAGUUUCACUAGCCCAAACUUCGAAGAUCUGUGACCUGUUUCACGAACGCGAAAUAAAGAAAAUAGAAAUAUGAGUGAGCGAGAGAACAAAAGAAAUGCAUGCAAAACAGCAGAGACGGCAGAAAAAUGAGGAUUUUAGCCACUCCUCAAUCGGGGUGACUUUUUACGUCCAAAAUCUGGGUUGGUGGCAGUGUUUCGGUCAUAACUUUCUCCUCCAUGGGCCUAGAAUCACCCUUCAAAAUUUCGAAUUCAAUGAGAUGACCGUCGUUUAGAUACUGACAAUCGGCCUGGCGGUAUGCAUCAUCACGUAUCUUUGGUGCCUCCGAAAAAUGGAAAACGAUCGGCGACUACGUGAACUCGAACAUGGAUCAAAGAAGAACACCGAGAUCUACUUCAAGAUGUUGAAUUGUCAAAUAAAAUAA